AUGUAUUUGUUUUUGAAUUCGGCGAGACGAACGCUUGCAUCUCGAUGGAUCUGCCAAUCAUGCCGUGGUAUCAAACAUGCUUCAACAAACACAGCCUCAUAUACGCCUCCUGAACCGUCGAAAGCUGCCCAAGACCUUCGAAACGGCGGACCGGCUAGAACACGAUUUGCUCCGUCUCCUACUGGAUAUCUCCAUCUUGGGUCGUUAAGGACUGCUUUAUUCAAUUAUCUUGUUGCAAAAGCAACUGGUGGGCAGUUUCUUUUGAGAAUCGAAGAUACUGAUCAGAAGAGGAUAGUACCCGGUGCUGAAGAAAGGCUGUAUAAAGACUUGGAAUGGGCGGGAAUAGAGUGGGAUGAAGGUCCUUUGAAUCUGUUCUCAAUUUAUAUUGCUUCAUACUCACAUUUUGCUAGGUCCAAGAAUAGGGGGUCCAUACGGCCCAUACGUACAGCCAUAUACAGAUUACACAUAGAGCAAUUACUAGAAUCCGGUAACGCAUACCGAUGUUUCUGCUCUCCCGAACGCCUACAUGCCCUCGCCGAGCACCGACAAAGUCAUGGAAACGCUCCGGAUUAUGAUAGGAAUUGUGCACAUAUUCCAAAAGAGCACUCAGAUGACCGAGCUGCUAAGGGAGAGGCUCAUGUUGUCAGACUAAAGGCACCAGACAAAUACCCUGUGUACAACGACUUGGUGUAUGGUUUAGUUCGGCAGAGUAUUGAUUACAAGCAGAAAAUGCUUCACGAACAGUACGAUGAUCCAAUCCUGCUCAAGUCUGAUGGAUUUCCAACCUAUCAUUUGGCAAAUGUGGUUGAUGACCAUCUUAUGAAAAUCACCCAUGUGAUUCGAGGCUCAGAAUGGAUGUCAUCUACGCCGAAACAUCUUGCAAUGUACAAAGCCUUCGGGUGGGAGCCUCCAAAGUUCGCUCAUGUCAGUCUGCUCGUCGACAAGACCGGCGCAAAACUGAGUAAGAGAACCGGUUCCGUCGAGCUAGCAGAAUGGCGAGACAAGGAAGGGGUAUUCCCCGAGGUUCUGAACAACUUCGUUUCGCUUCUCGGGUGGUCUCACAGUGAAAAGCACGAUGUUAUGAAUAUGGAAGAACUGAUCAGAACUGCGAGUCUGAAGUUUACCAAAGGCGACACAAUAGUAGCUUUUGAAAAACUAUGGUUCCUCCAAAGAAGACACGCUUCCCGCUACGCCUCCAUUCCCCCUUCAACACCCUACAAUCCCCGUCACGAUAUGAACAAACUCGCCCUACCGCUCCUGCUCAAGCACAUUUCAGAGCGCCCAGACCUCCUAGAAGGCCCUCCUCCGACGGAAGAUUUCGUCCGCUCCCUCCUCUGGGCAGACGCCAUAAAUUACACGACGCCCUCCGAAUUCAUCACCCGCAACAUCAGCUUCUUCAGCCCCCCCACCUCAACAAACCUCCACGACACCCUCCCCGCUCUAAGACUGCGCAACAUCCCCGCGCGCGCAAACUCCAUCAUCCCCGCCUCAUUCGCCACAGAAUUUGACUCCUUAUCCCGCAUCGAGAAUUGGAGCGCCGUAAAGCUCAAAGCGUGGACGGAAACGUUGGUGCAGAAACAGAUAUGGCAAAGCCUGGAUGAGGCGGGCAGCGAUGAGGAGAACUUGGAGGGCUUGUUUAAAAAGGCGUGGAGCAGGGCCGUGCAUGGGUAUAUUCGCUGGGCGAUAGCGGCGGGGCACCCGGGCCCCGACGGCGUUAUUAGUAUGGGGAUUCUUGGGAAGGAGGAGACGCUUAGGAGGUUCGAGUUGGCGAAGGAGGUUAUGAUGGCGGUUAAGGACGAUGGUGCGGAUAUGGCGAUGGCGAUGAGUGAGCCUGUGCCGGGAAGAAAGGCGCCGGAUAGAGAGGUGGAGUCUGAGGCUGCUUUAGAGCAGGAGACUGGUGUGAGUGACGGUGGGGAUGGGCGUGGAGGGAGUGGUGGAGAUUAG